UAAGUUUUAGGUUGCUGAGAGAGGCUGUUACUGACAAUGUCUAACGUCUGCAUCGUAACGUCUUCAGGCAAGCUUAGUUCUGCAUCACAGCCGAACGGCACAGAAAAGCGAGCUUUAAAUUCAGAUUAAUUUAUAUGUCCGUGCGCACGCGUGGUAACCCAACGCGUCUGACAUUUAUGGCCCAAACGGGAUGCCAUAGGCAUUAGGUCAGAAUUACGGUUAUGAAUCCCUGCUGUCUAUCGCGGUAGGACGCGUCAUACUUUAAAUGCGGAUGAGGGUCAAAUACUCCGUUUUAUGACCCGGACUGCUUUCCACCCUUAGGGCUUUAUCUGCCCACUGCUCUGCACUGACGCCCCUCCUAGUCUGCGUCACUGAUUCGUUCUGCCUGUCGUUAUUCAAUAGUGAAAGAAGCUGGGAAUGGCUGGUGGAUCGACACGGCGAUUGGAGGGACAGGUUGAACCUUUUCACAGAAGGAAGGCGGAGUGAACGUCUUGCCGGCGCCUGUCGAAUGGCAGCUACGAAUCGUUUCUCCAGCAAGAGAGAUACAGACCCGAAGAGCGCCGGCUGCGGGGACUGCGGUUGCUGCUGGGCCCAUCAACGUGAUGCGCGCACUCGGGAGACGAGCACGCAGACUGACACGAGUGUACAAGGUCACAGUCCAAGACUUUCCAGAGUGAACCUGUUCACAUUGCUGAGUCUGUGGAUGGAGAUUUUUCCUACUACAACGUUUCGACGAACUGGUCUUGCUGUGGUGCAGAAUAUGAAAGUUACUGGGCUGCAUUGCUCCAGCUCGGAGCUCCAUGCUGGCCAAAUUGCUGUCAUCAAACAUGGGUCUCUCUUAAAGGGCUGUGAUCUUUAUUUCUCCAGAAGGCCAUGUUCCACAUGUCUGAAGAUGGUGGUAAACGCUGGAAUAAACAGGAUUUCUUACUGGCCAGCAGAUCCUGAAAUCAGCCUUAUAGAGAGCGAGAUGCUCACUGGUGCUUCAGGUGUCGAUGCCAAACUGGAUGCCAAUGCCGCAGAAAGACUCCGCUCCAAUAGCCGCGCUCAUAUAGGUGUUCUGCUCCAACCAUUAGCUUGUAACAUGAACCAGUUUGUAGAAGAAACAUCCAAGAAGUGCGAAUUUCUACAAAAAAUGGCACUCUUGGAGCCUAAUUUUAAUCUGGAUGAGUUCUUUUUUGAGUACCGCAAGAAACGGUUGAAGGAUUACGAGAAAAUCUUUCUAAUUUCUGAUGAAGAAACACACAAACGUAUCUUGAUGAAAAUGGGUUUGGAAAAUUUUUGUGAGAACCCUUAUUUCUCAAACCUACGGCAACAAAUGAAGGACCUCAUAUUGCUUUUGGCUACAGUCGAUGCCAGUGUUCCCAACUGUAGGGACUAUGGAUUUUAUUGUGGAGACUUCCAGUCGGAUGAGACGGAGCACUGCCACGGUUUACCUCAGGACAUCGCGCGGCACUGUGUGGUGCAGGCCAGACUUUUGGCAUAUCGAACUGAGGACCCAAAGACUGGUGUUGGCGCUGUGAUCUGGGCACAAAAAAAAUCUGGCAGCUGUGAUGGCACAGGCGACAUGUACUUGAUUGGCUGUGGAUAUAAUGCCUACCCUAUGGGCUCAGAAUAUGCUGAUUUUCCACAGAUGGACGAUAAGCAAAAAGACAGAGAAAUUCGGAAGUUCAGGUACAUCAUACAUGCAGAGCAGAACGCCCUGACAUUCAGGUGUAAGGAAAUCCAAGAUGAUGAGAAGACGAUGAUUUUCUUGACAAAGUGCCCUUGUGAUGAAUGCAUCCCUUUAAUUAAAGGGGCUGGGAUUAAGCAGAUCUAUACAGGUGACAUGGACUCUGGGAAAGUCAAAGCUGACAUCUCCUACCUGAAAUUCGACGGCCUGCACAGUGUCUACAAAUUUAGGUGGAAGAAGAAUUCUCAGAUGUGUAAUCUCGCCGAGCCGAGCUCCAGCACUUUACCCAAUGGUUUACUUGGGAAGCACUACAGAGAUGUGGAUGAGGAGCUGCAACUGAUCAAACGUUCCUGUGUGCAGUGAAUGAAGAAGGACCACCGACCUCUUUGAACGUUCAAACUGUCGUCUUCCAGUCGCUCACAAGGCAAAUCCUCCUCCAUUGUGUUCUUAUGGUUGCAAGAAGCCCCCCACCCCUCGCGUUUUUAGCUUGAAGCUGCUGCCGCCGUGGCUCUGACUGCACGCUGGUCUCGUCUGGUGACUUACCGGCACGGGAGUCUCGCCUGUCCCAUCCGAGUUAAGCUCUGCUUGUUUUUAAAGGAGAAUAAGAACAGGGUGCAGCCAUCGUCGCUCCCAAAGCUUUAAAAUUCCAAAGUGUGACUGCCGUAUCCAGCUGUCCCAUUUUCAGCCCAGUAGAACAGGAGAUUGUUUAGGGAAUCCGCAUCAGAAAGUGGGCUUAGUAGCCUCGUUAGUUGUGUGAGAACUAAGGGGCAGCAAUGCCAUGUUGUGUCACAGUUUAUUGACAUGGCCCUCCAGCCCCCGGCUCACGCAGCGAUGUUUGUAUUUAAGAACAUUUUUUUAUUAUCUGAUAGCCGCCAUAUUCCAUAAUUGAUCAUUUCAGGCCUUGUCUGUCAUUGCUGGAGUGACGCUCUGGUAAAUCAUUGGUGACACACGGCAGUCUAGACCGGGGACCCCAACUUGGCACCGUAGUAUUUAUUCAGAAAGAAAAUGCUGUGUCAAUGCUACUGAAAAAUCUGAAUGUUGUGGCUGUGCGCCACUUGACUUCUCACUGAGCCAGGCUUUCAUCCUCCGAUCACACCCUCCAUUUUAAAGACAGCAAAGCCACGCGGUAAAGAAAGAAAAAGUUAGCCUGACCACUACGGGCAUCCUUGGUGCUUGACACUUAAUUGCUUCCAGUCUCAAAAUGAGGCAAAACCUUAGAUGUUAUAUUUCAAAUUGUAUAUCGCACCACGAAAAUGCCCAAAGUGACCCCAGAUAUGUAAAAAUGGCGUGUAUGAGAUUUAUUAGGCGCUCGAUAUUUCGGUGGCCUUGCAUUCACGUUGUUCUCCCAGACUUGGCCAACUAGAGUUGUGAUGCGUUGGCGCUGAUUUCGUGCUCACAGCGGCCCGGAAUGUCCUAAGAGGUGCACUCGGUGAACACGCUGCUGCAUGGUGGGACGUCCUGGACGUCAGCACUCUGAGGUGUUCUUGAAAGUUUUGAAUUUCCUCCGAUAUGCUUGGGGUUGGGGGACACACAUCCAGGACGGCGUUUAAACCUCCAGAUCUCGAGACUGAAUUGGAAUCGGUGACAUCCUCUGAGCGGAUGUCUCUGGAGUUUACAUUACGCGGCCUAAACGUGGCCUGAGCGCUCACGUACGUAAUCGGCUUGUGCGGAGCGUAUGCUGUACACGUGCGUUUUGACAUACAGGACCAGUCAAAAGUCUGGAGACCCCCAGAAAUGGUCAUGUUUUUAAUAGAAAUUGAGGUCUUUUUUUUAUUACAAAUACCCUUAAAUUGAUUUAAAGAUACAGGUAAGACAUUACCAGUGUUGCUAAUGGCUGUUACUGCUUGAAAUGGCCGAUUUUCAAUUUAUUAUUCACAUAUUUCUGCCAAACUCCAUUUUCUGCUGCCAUUCCUUCAGUCAGUAUCCUUAAUUAUUCAGGUUAUGAUAAUUGGUUAUUAGAGAAACCUUUCUAAAAGUAUUACCACCGCUGACACCUGUAAUCCCAUUCACUUGGGUAACAAAGUGCUGGGAUUCUGGGAUCAAAAAUGGCCAACAUGAAACCACUUUCUCAAGAAGCAUGUCGGCCUAUUGUUGUUAUGCAGAGUGAAGGCUGUUCCAUGGGACAGACUGUCGAGAAACAGAAGAUUUCAUAGAAAGGUGUCUGCUGCCGUCUUGAGAGAAGAAGGUCAGCUGAAUCUGAGCAGGAUAGAAAUAGAAGGGGAAGGCCCAGAGUGUAGUGUGAGAAACAAGGGGCUUACAGGUCCUCGGUGGUCUUCUAACUUAAAUACACACCCAGCCGUGGUGUCCACCGCAUCGGAGAAAAGACGACUUCAGAACGCCGACCAUAAUACACUUUUACAGUCCUCUCGUGUCCAGCAUCCAUGUUUAGCUGCCCAUGUUCACUUUUUAUUUUCUAGUUUCAGACAAUAGCGUUUUCUUCGAAACUCAACCGCUAAGGCCAGCAUCCCAGAAUCGCCUCUUCACUGUUGCAGGUGACACUGGUAUUAGGUGUGCCUUUACGGAUGAAGCCAGCUGAGGAACCCGCAAGGUGUUUGUUUCUCAGACUCUCAUGUUCUUCUCCUCUUAUGGAGUCACCGAUCUCGGCCUUGCCCCUCAUGUUCUGUUCAGUGAUCCAGUCUGCCACCUUCUCCUUAGACACCUUUGUACGUCAUCUUCGGUUUCUUGGCAGGCUGUCACAUCGAGUGACCUUCAUUCUGCAAAAACGACAGACAUGUCCUGUCAUUUUCGAACCCACUUACCGUAUAUACUCGCAUACAAGUCAGGUCUUGAAGCCCGAAGAAUCAAUCAUAAAAUCAGACCCUGACUUAUACACUCAUUCAAACAUGCGACCCUUAAAUUUUGUUUUCUUGCCUGCCUC